CUCGAUUCACGCUCAGUUUCGUUUCGGCAAUCAUUCGGAUCACACGGAUCACAGUCGCCGUAUCGCCGUAGAUUAUGAUCUAUCAACCGCUAAGGCUCCUGCUGGGAGUCAUCCUGGUCUCCAUCUGCCUGUCAGAUGCUGCCGCUCCGCAUCCUUUUGCCACCAACUAUACGAUUGACAUCCUACGCCUGGCCAAAGCGGCCCACAUAAAGGCGUAUAUGGGCGAGAACCCGGAGGAGACUUGCAGCAACUUUUACAACUUUGCCUGCGGCAAUUGGGCCCGCUUGCAUCCCGCUCGAGUGUCCAAUCUGCGGACCAACUACCUGGAGGAGCUCCAAGAGCUGUACAUACGGAAAAGCGCCGAGAUGCUCAAGAGUGCCACGAGGGGAGCCGAGAACAGUGCCGAUCGGCAGUUGAAAAACUUCUUUGGCUCUUGCCGUCUUCAAACGAACGACACACGAUCCGCUCUGGCUACGCUGCUAAAUGUUGCCGAUUUCCGAGGCGGUUGGCCGGAGAUUCGGGUGCCCUCCUGGUAUCAGUACGAGUACGAUUGGCUGCAGGUGGUGGCUAAUCUGAAACGUAGGCUGGGCGUGGACAUCUUCAUUGGACUGGAAGUGAUCCUUGACUACAAGGAGGAGAAAAUGCACCGCUUAAAGCUGGGAGCCCCCCAAUUACCCAUGACGCGUCGUCACUAUUUGCACCCUCACUUUGCAGGGACGCGGGAACUCUACGAACGUUCAAUAUUUAACAAGCUACAGCUUUAUUUCCCCGAUCAAACGGAACACUGGCUGCGGGAGGUGGCUAAUCAGGUGCUGGAAAUGGAGCAGCAGCUGGCCAAGGGAUUGCCCCAUAAUGCAGCCCUCACGUUGGAGCAAACCACUCGCCAAAGGACCGCCGCCGAGAUGAAGGCCGCCUAUGGCAGCUACGUGGAUGUGACCCGCUAUCUGCAGUUAAUCUUCAACGAUAACUUGUACAUGGAUAUAUAUGAGAAUCCCGAGGAUUAUAUGUCCAAUUUGGUGGAUGUCAUAAGGGAAACACCCAAACUGAAGCUGGCCAACUACACUAUGUGGAAGGCAUUGGAGGCUCUGGAUGCCGCUCGAGUGCCGCAAUCCCAGCCGCCCGACAUUUGGUGUGUCCAGCUGGCCCAGCGCUAUUUCCCACAUCAGCUGGAGAGCCUGUUCCACCGUAACUACAAUCAUAUGCAGAUGAUCAAUGAGCUGCAGUCCACUUGGUCGGAUAUCAAGAGGGUCUUUAAAGAGGAUCUGCAGGCCUCGGAGCGUUUGCAUUGGCUAACACUGGAGACCAGGCAGAAGGCCAUCAGCAAACUGGAGGCCUUAAAUCUGCAGUUCCGGAGCCACGACGACAACAAGUUGAUACGCCAAAUGCACGGACUUAAUCUGCAUCCGGAACGUUUCUACCCCAAUUUGGUGGCCGUUCUCCAGUGGCAGACACAGCGCGGUUUGGCCAAACUAAUGGCGGAACCGAUUACCGAAGAUCAGGUGUACAAGCUGCCGCACUACGAGAUGCAGAAGAACCGCAUCCAGGUACCGAUCACUUUCCUGCAAGCGAGAUUCUUCUGGGAUCCCGCCUAUCCCAAUGCCCUGAAGUACGCCACUUUGGGCGUGCUCCUGGCCCGUCAAAUGCUGCACGGAUUCGAUGGCGUGGGCAGGCGAUACGAUGCUCAUGGCUACCAAAACAACUGGUGGGAUGACACCUCGGAGACUUCCUACGCUCGACGCACUCAGUGCUUCCAGGAGCAGUAUGCCAUCUUUGUGGAGUUCAAGGGAAAACCCGUGCAAGACAAGGAUCUGCUGCGUCGGAUUGUGGCUGACAAUGGAGCUUUGGACAUUGCCUAUCGUGCCUACCAACAGUGGCUUAAGAAUGCCGCCGAAACUCCGGCUAUUUAUCAGCGGGAAAGCUUGCCGCUGCUCGAUUACAACCACAAUCAGCUAUUUUACCUGGGCUAUGCGCAACUCUACUGCACCGAUUAUCCAGAAUCUGUGGAGCGGUUCGAUGAGCUGCCCGAGCAGCUGCGCAUCAACACGGCGCUGUCCAACUCGCAGCAGUUCGCCAACGCCUACAGUUGCUCCAGAGGAGAUAAGCUAAAUGCCCGCUACAAGUGCAACCUAUACUAAGAGGAGUCUCUGCCCUCCAUUACGCCUUAAAUGUAUAACAGCAGCCUACGAAAUAAACACUUAUAAUGCACA